CCCUGUCCUCUGGCCCGUCAGGCUCUAGCCCUCACUCAGUGAGCACCUCCGCCAGGCCAGCCAGGAACAGCAGAGACCAGGGAGCCCCUGCAGCCCCUCACCCAGCAUGGGCAGCCUCUUCCUACUAUUCUUCUUCGCUGUUCUUGGCAGCUCCACCUGUCAACAAGCAGAAGGUCUAACAUUGUUCACCUUGGAAAAGGUCACUCUGUCCAUCGAGCCGGACGGCGCCGUCGGGAGAGACGCCAGCCCGACGCUCCGCUGCCGGCCGCUGGUCAAGAGCAGCCCGGGGACGUCUCUGGUCCGUCGAUACGUCGUGUUCAAGGACAACGUGGAGUUGCACCGCUGGAACAGCAGCCGCGCUGAUGACCUGCUGUGGCGCAUACCCAACGCCAGGGUCAGCGACGGCGGCAAGUACAUGUGCCACGUCUCCAUCCAGGACAAGACGGCCGUCAGCAACACGGAGAGGCUUAAAGUGACAGGCCUUUCCCAACCGGUGCUGCUCGUACUGCGCAACACAGCCCCCGUCCAGGAGGGAGAGCGGGUGCCGGUCUCAUGCCGAGCCCCAGGGGAGACGGGGACUUUCAUCUUCUACUUCUACGACCAAGGCGAGGAGAUCCACGAGGUGCAGUCCACCUCGAACCAGGUGGAGGUGGAGCUUCUGUUCAGCAACCCGGGCGUGCGGGACAUGCAGUGUGCCUACAUGGUGCUGAUGGUGCCAGACUCGGUGAAGUCCAACCACAGCCAAGCGGAAUCCGUGAGAGUGCAAGAGUUUGACUUGUUACCGGUUCUUUCCGUCCUCCCUGAUCCGGCGAAGACGAAGAUCUUCGAGGGGGACAGGAUCAACGUCUCCUGUGAAUAUCGCAGGGCGAUCGAUCCCUUGGUCAGGGUCGCCCUUAGCAACGGGAACCAGUUGCUGGAUGUCACGCAGACCCAGGCCAAAGUGUCGCAUGGUCUCACAGUGUUUUCCAAUCAUUCCGGGGAGUUUGAGUGCAGCGUAGUGAAAGUCAACGUGGUUAAGAAAACAAACAGCACUGUGAAAGUCCUCGAAAUCAUCUCAACUCCAACUUUGACUGUGAACCCCGAUGUGUUUGAAAAUGACACGUUUCACGUGAGAUGCCAGAGCGACAUCCUUGCCCCUGAGAGAGUUGACAGCGCAGACGUCAAAUACCAGAUUCAUAGAAACGAGGGCCACACCAGUUACAACGACAGAGUCUUCGGAGAUCUGGUCCGCACAACAGGCUCUAGGACCUACACGUGCACGGUGACAGCAGGGAAUAUAGUGAAGCACAGUCCAGCAUUGGUUGUCCAAAUAAAGGCCCUGGCCAGUGAGCCCCAGAUCUGGGCCUUGGGCAGGGUGGUGGUAGGGCGCCCGUUCCAGGUCAGCUGUCACUCGGACCGGGGCAGCCUGCCCAUCACCCACACCCUCCUGAGGAACAGGGUGCCGGUCGGCACGGUGACCGUCACGCGGCCCGGCCAGCAGGCGCUCUUCAACCUCACGAUCCAGCGGGCCGGGGAGAUCCAGGACUACGGCUGCAGCUCACGGAACAGCAGACAAGCGGUGGUGGGCAAACGCCUCAACAUCUCUGUCGUAGUGCCUCUCUCCGACCCCGGCCUGAGCGUGCUCCCGGCCCUGUCGGACAUCCUGGAGGGGGUGGACCUCAUCCUGAUCUGCAGCGCCGAGGGCUCCCCUCCCAUCACCUUCAGGUGGUACCGCGACGACGCCGCCAAGUCUCUGCACAGCAGCACGUCCGCCACCGUCACCGCCAGCCACGUGAUCCACGGCGUGGACAAGCGGGCCAGCGGCGCCUACUACUGCGAGGCCGUCAACUACGCCAACGUCAGCGUCCGGAGCCAGAAGGUCAUCGUGGAGGUGAAGACCGCGACGUGGAAGAAGGUCCUGAUCGUGGCGUCCUGCCUGCUAACGGUGGCUGUGGUGGUGCUCCUCUGCGUGCUGCGCUUCAGGGCCAAGCGAGGUAAAAGAGACACGGCCGCUGAGCUCUCAGUAAAGCCUUCGAGCCCUAAACCAGAUGACUCUUUAACAGUGAGUCUCACCCACAACACGGAGGUGUAUGACGCCACCACAGGCGCAGCGCCCCACUUUGACGGCAUGGAGGGGAGAGCAACCAAUGGGAUGCGAAAUAGUGUGACAUCACUUCCUGCUGACAUCAGCAACAGGAGCAGCAACAGUAUUCCGGAGACAGUGUAGAAAACCGAAUCCAAAUGGAUUUUUAAAACUUCAAUUGGACAAAUGGCACAUGUUAAAAUACACAUUGGAGAUACUAUUUGUGUGGGGAAGGUAGCCACAUAGUGUUUAUUUGGCUUUUUGCUCUUGGCUUUUGUAAAUGUUGCUGUUGGCUACAUUUCAGAGGGUGUUUGGGGAAUAGUGGGCAUGAAGGGAAGCACUAUUAGUGGGAAAAAAGAUGGCCGCCAACUGAGACCAUCCUGAAGUGAACCUGGACCCAUUGCUCUGGCCCUUUCCUCCUGCUGUCAGUGUCUGCUGUGAUGUCAUAUCCUCCUGCUGUCAGUGUCUGCUGUGAUGUCAUAUCCUCCUGCUGUCAGUGUCUGCUGUGAUGUCAUAUCCUCCUGCUGUCAGUGUCUGCUGUGAUGUCAUAUCCUCCUGCUGUCAGUGUCUGCUGUGAUGUCAUAUCCCCCUGCUGUCAGUGUCUGCUGUGAUGUCAUAUCCACAUGCAGUCUGUGUCUGCUGUUUUCACUUUCAACGUGCCUGUCUCCUUGUAUUGCCUGUUUGACUGCAUGCCUUUCAAUAAUGUAACCAGUCCAUGUGUUUCUGUGUGUUUAGAAGCCUAGAUGACAAUUGUAUAUACUGUACACUUCACAGUCAUUCGUAGAAAUGUGUGUAUAUAUUUUUGGUUGAUCCACUGACUGAUUGAAAGAAACACUUGUAGAAUAAAAAAAGAAGUUGAGUUUA